UGGAGAACAACUCCAAGGCAAGCCCCCGCUAACACGGCAAGCUCCAAGCACACAGACCAAAGCAUGAAAUCCAUAAAAGGCUAAAUAUCCGAUCCUGCGAUCACGGCAACCGGUGACUGAACCCUCCCCUCUGCUAAAACUUGUCAACAACGCAACUGGCCGCGGGCCAAGCCCAGGCCUUAUACUCCCGCUGCCGUAGCCUCAGAUCUAGGGGAACCUAGACCGGAAGCACACAGACACACCAACAAAGCAAAGAAAUUACUAUUUACCCACCACCUCGACCUCAUCAGAUCCGAGGAAAACCCGGAAUGGUACAAAACCGGAUGGGGGAAAUCCAGCCGGUAAACAGAGACGGAAAAAACAAACACACACACACAAAAAAAACACCCCAACUCCACACGCCUCACCUUAUUGAUCACCAACCAACGACCACCAUCGUGCAACUGUUUUGUUCACGUCUUUCUUGGUUUGUAUUUUUAUUUAUAUAUAUACAAACUGAACUGGGUAUACAAAAUUGAAGUGGGUCAACUCAACUGCUCCCUAGAUAAUCACCCCACCCACCUCCACUUGAGUACCCUUUUCUUUAGAACAGAGAUCUACAGAGACAGAAACAGAGGAGAGAGAGAGAGAGAGAGAGAGAGAGAGAGAGAGAUGAAGGCAUUUUCCAUAUUCAUUGCGUUGUUCCUCAUCUCAGGUUCAUGUCCAGAGUACGCAAAUUCACAGACAGAUUCAUGUGGCUCCAAUCUCACGGCCGUCAACGGCGCUCAAUUCCUAUUCGACACUUCUUCUCUCAACUGCGACGCCGUUUGGACUGCCCAGGAUUACAUCCUCAGAUAUGCACAAGCAUCCCCGAACGUGUGGAGCUUCGUUCUCUCAGCUCCAAACAUUGACUGUUACGUAGCCAUGGGAUUUUCCCCCAACGGCGACAUGGUGGGUUCGAGCGCGAUCGUGGGUUGGGUCGACUCCGACGGCGUCGGCGGUGUGAAACAGUACUACCUCGGGGGCCAAACGCCGGCCCAGGUGCUACCGGACCAAGGGAACCUCGUUAUAAUCGGGAAUUCAACCUCUAUCGUAGCUGUUGACUCGACUAUAUACAUGGGUUUCCAGUUGAACGCCUCCACGCCGAGGAACCAGCUGAUUUAUUCCGUCGGACCCGCCGGGAUAUUACCUUCUUCGCCGUCGUACCGGUUGACUCAGCACCAAAAUAUGGUCACCACUACAAUGAAUUAUCUCACAGGUCAAACUCAAACGGUAAAAGCUCCAUACUCAAACCUGAAAAAGAACCAUGGGAUCUUGAACAUGUUGGGGUGGGGGAUCCUACUGCCGAUUGGCGCGAUCGUCGCUCGUCACUGCAAGGAAUGGGAUCCAAUCUGGUUUUACUCCCACAUCUCAAUCCAAUCACUUGGUUUUAUUUUGGGUUUAGCAGGUAUAUCUUGUGGUUUUGUCUUGGAACACAAGCUCAGUGCCAUUGUCAGCCACCACAAAGGCAUUGGCAUCUUCAUUCUCAUACUAGGGUGCCUUCAGAUGAUGGCAAUUUUGGCUAGGCCUGAUAAGGCCUCCAAGCGUAGAAAAUACUGGAACUGGUACCAUCACAAUGUGGGAAGGCUAAUGAUAUUUUUUGCAGUAGUGAAUGUUUUCUAUGGAAUUCAUCUGGGCUUGGCUGGGAGAGGAUGGGAUGUUGGUUAUGGUAUUGUUCUUGUAGGGUUGUUCAUCAUUGCUGCUGUUUUGGAGGUUAGGAUGUGGAUGAGGAAAUAGAUUGUUUGAUGUACACAUAAUUGUAUGUUGCUUCAUGUAUUUUGAUCGCUAUUGUUUUGGUGAAAGUUUUUUGCAUAUGUGAAAAUCUAUCUCUCUCUCUCUCUCAUCAUUGCUGCUGUUUUGGAGGUUAGGAUGUGGAUGAGGAAAUAGAUAGUGUAGUUGUUUGAUGUACACAUAAUUGUAUGUUGCUUCAUGUAUUUUGAUCGCUAUUGUUUUGGUGAACGUUUUUGCAUA